ACCGGUUCCAAGAUAUGCCCGCCGUGUUUAAGAGCCCGCGCGCUGCAGGGCUGCCGUCACGCAUCGUCGCCCCGCCGCACAGCGACCGCUGUCCCUGCCUGCCGCCCUCCGCACGUUUGCGACCCCCCGCGCUUCAUCUCCCGUGCCAUCUCCCGCGUCAUAGUCCGCGCCGCGCCGCCAGCGCAUUCGACCGCGGCAGCUAAAAGACCGAGCUCCCGCCAGGCACCUGCGCGCAUGAAGCAGAAUGCCCUGACCAUGGACGAGCGCUCGCUCCUGCACACGGUGCAGCGGUGGCGCCGCGCCAAAUACUCUGCGCGCCCCUUCGCCCUCACCAUCCUCGCCAUCGCCCUUAUCACCCUGCUCGCGUGGGCCAAGGACCAGCGUGGACAGGCCCCGGGAGCGGUGCUGCGCAAGAGAGACGUCACUAUACUCGACGAGGAGUGUCGCCUCGUCCACCAUGCCCACGACCAAUGCGCCUUCGUGCUGGCCAACUGCCCCGACGAGGAGGCCGGCGUCGUCUCGUACCUGACCCUCUACUACUGCCGCCUGCCGCACGCCAAACCCGUCGCCUUCGUCGCCAUGACCCUGUGGCUCGCCCUGCUGUUCAGCACCAUCGGCAUCGCCGCCAGCGACUUCUUCUGCGUCAACCUCAACACCAUCGCGAGCAUGCUGGGCAUGAGCGAGAGUCUGGCUGGCGUGACCCUGCUGGCCUUUGGCAACGGCAGCCCGGACGUCUUCUCGACCUUCGCCGCCUUCCGCACCCACGCCGCCAGUCUCGCCGUGGGCGAGCUCAUCGGCGCCGCCAGCUUCAUCACCGCCGUCGUCUCCGGCUCCAUGGCCCUGAUCCGCCCCUUCAACGUCGCCCGCAAGAGCUUUGUCCGCGACGUCGGCUUCUUCAUUGUCGCUGCCGCCUUCAGCAUGGGCUUCAUUGUCGACGGCGAGCUGCACCUGUGGGAGGCCAUCGCCAUGGUGGCCUUCUAUCUGUUCUACGUCGUGUUUGUCGUCGUCUGGCACUGGUGGCUAAACCAGCGCAAGGCCCGCCGCUUGAAAGCUGCCGCCAGCCGCAGCCACUACGUCACGCCUGGUGGAGAGGAAGAGGAGGUCCCCCAAUAUUUCGACGACGAGGACGGGGCGCCCACCAAUCCCCGAACACCCUCACGCGGUGUCUCAAUCGACGACCUCAACGCUCUUGAGCGUGCUGGCGGGGGAACUAUAGACGCCGACGAGAACGAGGAAGAGCGCGAACGCUGGAUGGGCGAAAUGUCAAACAACAUGCGUGUUAGUCGGCCCCCGCUGGGCCAACGCCGACCGACCCAGACGCCCAUUCGACCUAGUUUAGUAGGAGCCCUCGAGUUCAGAGCGGUACUUUCGUCGCUGCAGAAGUCAAGGAACAUCCAAUCCAUGCCCAUCAACCUGCGACGCUACUCGGACGACCCCACCUACACCACCGCCCAGCAGCAAGACCUGAUCUCCACCAUCUCGGAUCCUGCUCCGCGGCCGCCGUUUGACGUCGCUUCUGUGUCGUCGGGCAAGUCACCGAGCAUUGUGAGGCCGGUGUUGGAGGUGCAGCAGAACAGCCGCGUGCGGGCUGUGUCCACAAACGACAUCGACAACGCUCGUUUCGAUAACCUCCCACACAUCAGCUUCGCGCCCGCAACGCCCGACUUCCGAGACAGUAUGACUGGUCGAGCAGGCGCUGCGCCCCUGUCGCCGACCAUCUCGCUGUCGCCACCGCCUUCCCAGGCCUCGUCGCGUGCGCAGAGCCCAGCGCCCUCGAGAAAUCGAGGCUACUCCGACUUGCUGGCCCCUCCCGGCCUCGACUCUCAGGGUCUCUCGCAGCGCUCAGGGACAUCGACGCCAAGCCCCCUGUCGUCGCCAGUCCUCAACGCGAGCGACCGUCCGAAUCUGAAGCUGACCGUACCUGGUGGUUCGUCCCCGCCUAUCCCGUUCCCUGCGUACACAGACUUCCCGUGGUCGGCACAUAGCUCGUCUCGAGCACCUAGUCUCCGUCUGCCCUCUCCAAGCGCAUCGCCCGAGUCUGCAUUCCACAACGAGAGCCUCUUCGGCGUCUACGAUGUCGCCCGGACCCCCCGGUGGUGGCCCUCGCGGGUCCUUCCCGCGCCGCACGUUUUGCUGUCGACGCUGUUCCCUACGCUGACAAGCUGGCGCGACAAGAACAUCUGGGACAAGAUCCUGGGUCUCGUAGCGGCGCCCCCAGUCCUGCUCCUCACCAUCACCCUGCCCGUCGCCGAGCCCGCAACCAGCGACGACCUGCAACCUGGGCACCCGGACUUUGGGCUCCCUCCCGCCCUGACCCCCAUCGGCGACACCUUCGACCCGCAGUUCCGCCUCGACGGCUCCGCCCCCGCGUCCCGCGCCGGCACCGACCCGUUCAAGCUGCACAAAGCCGCGCCCCACGACCCCUCGUACGCCUCGCACACCACCACCGCCUCCGCCCCGCCCCAGCUCCUCGUCACCACCUCGGACAACAUCAUGAACUCGCCCGAGCAGCUCCCCACGCCCGCCCCCGCCGCGUCCAAGGACUGGAACCGCUGGCUGGUCAUCACCCAGAUCUUCACCGCGCCCUUCUUCAUCAUCCUGAUCAUCUGGGCCAACGUGUCGCCCGACAACCCGCGCGCGCUGCUGCGCCAAACCCUCUUCAGCCUCCUCGCAUCCCUCUCGCUCCUCGCCGCCCUCCUCCUCACCACCUCCCCCUCGCGGCCCCCGCCCUGGCGCCCCCUGCUGUGCUUCCUCGGCUUCGCCGUCGCCAUCGCCUGGAUCAGCACCAUCGCCAACGAAGUCGUCGGCGUCCUGCGCACACUCGGCGUCAUCCUCAACAUGUCCGACGCGAUCCUGGGCCUCACCAUCUUCGCCGUCGGCAACUCGCUCGGCGACCUCGUCGCAGACAUCACCGUCGCGCGCCUCGGCUUCCCCGUCAUGGCCCUCAGCGCGUGCUUCGGCGGGCCCAUGCUGAAUAUCUUACUCGGCAUUGGAUUGUCGGGGUCCUGGAUGAUUCUCGUCAAGGGCGAGCGCAGGCACGAUAGGCACCCCGAUAGACCGGUUAGAUUUUCGCCGUAUCAUAUUGCGGUUAGCACCACGCUGGUUAUCAGCGGCGCCAGUCUGCUUGUCACGCUCGCGGGGCUGCUCAUCGCGGUGCCUGUGCGGCGGUGGCGCAUGGAUCGCGUGAUUGGGUGGGGGUUGGUGGCUGUGUGGGUUGUGUGCACGGCGGUGAAUGUUGGGGUCGAGGUGUUGGGGUUUAGUAGUGACGUGAGUUUCUGAGCUGGAUAUGGAGAGGAGGGGGGGUUUCUGAGGACGUGUGUGUGUGUGUGGGUGGUGCGGUUUUCUGGCGUUGGCAUAUACCACUCUGUUUCUGUUUCUGUGUACCUCAUUCAUAUACGCAUUCCUAGUUCCUCGUUUUGCGAGACGCAGUACAUACACGUAUUCUUGCAUAUACCACCCCGGAGAUUGGGGCAUAUCGUCGGUGUCAAAGUCUUACGGGUGUGGAUCCUACCGGCUCGGGGCAAUUGGUUCUUGCAUCGGC